GAACUCUUGAUCACUAAGCCCCACUUCUUUUCUCUCCAUAAACAUGGCCAAAACACCACCAACUGCAGUCCAAGAUUCGACGAAAGCCUACAAAUUCGAAGAUCAUUAUCCUCAAGAACCCUACAAAUCUAGUGCAAGAUCCUUGAUUGCCUUCUUCUUCUCUAUACUAAUUUACACUUCCAUCUUCUAUAUUUUCAACCUCUCUCCUUCCGCUCUCUUCUACAACACCAAGUUUUGGUUUGCGAUAUCCAACACCCUGAUUCUUAUCAUUGCAGCCGACUACUCUUCUUCUAAAGACAAGCACGACCAGAUUAAUUACCAAGAAGAGUAUAUGAUGCAUAGGCAAGCUCAAACUACUUCCUCAUUUGUUUUGGAAUACCCUCGUGAAAUAGUCAAGGAAACCAUUAUUGAUCACCAAGUUGCACGUCAAAAUAUACGAAACCCAGAAAACAGGCAAAUUGUGCUUAAAGUCGACGAGCAUGAUGAAAAGCCUAGUGUUGAUGAUAUUGAUGUCCAUGAAAAGAAAAUAGUCCACGUACAGUCAAAAGGUAGUAAGAAAGAAAAUAUUCAAGCAAAAACUUACAAACGAAGUAAGUCGGAGGAGGUGAAAAGAGUGGUGAUCGACGAAUGCAAGAGCAAUAUUAUAAGGAGGUCGGAGACAAUGGAGAAGCACGAAGAAACUCAAGUAAGUACUCCGGAAGAAGUUAUUGAUGAAUUCUCAACCAUGUCAGAUGAAGAAUUGAUUCAACUGAACAGAAGAUGUGAAGAGUUUAUUCAAAGGUUUAAUCAACAAAUUAGGCAUCAAUCAGUUGCAGACAGAUCGAAGGCCCAAAAAACCUACCAUCAUGUCUAAAGUUCUUGAGUAAUGUUAUUCGCACUUUCGGUUUAUCAUUCUGUGUAUAAUAAUCACACGAUUGACAACAAACUGAGAAAGAGAAUCGGAGGCUUUCCUAGAGUUUUGUUGUCUCUUUCUUUAUUACAGAAAGUUUUGCUGCAUGUGUUUCCUUCAUCAAUUUAAUAAUGGUAGUAGAUGUAUAUCUAGAUAUAAGUUUUGUAUUUCUGUUCGCUAGAUAGUACCUUUUCAUCUGAAAG